AUGAAGAAAGGCAAAGUUAUUUGUGGCGCAAAGAGAAAAUUAACGUACGAAAGUGACGAUAUAUUAAACGCAUCGGGUCCACCGGCGAACGAAAAUACGGCCCAACAAGAGACAAAAUACAAGAAAAGGAAACAAGAACAAGAGGUACAUGUACUAGAACUAAACAGAAAUGAGUUUUAAUGUAAAUUGUUUAAACAUUCUAGGUAAUUCUAACAAAUUAUUUUCUUAAUUUGUAGCAUAUAAUUGGAUCAAGAGUUGUCGAUAUGGACACAUUAAAAAAAGGACUAUCAAAUUGCCUACUUUGCUCUGAGGGUAAGAACUAA